AGGUUGCGGAAAAUGGGACAUCGCGUUGUACGUUGUGUGUUUUUAUUAUGGCUUCUUGAUAAAUGCCACGCAGGUUUUCCCAACCAGAUAAAUAUAGGGGGACUUUUCAUGCGUUCUACGGUGCAGGAACACAGCGCCUUCAGAUUCGCAUUACAGCUGUACAAUACCAAUCAAAACGUAACGGAGAAACCUUUUCAUCUGAACUACAAUGUUGAUAACCUCGAAUCGUCCAGUAGCUUCUCUGUCACUCAUGCAUUCUGUUCCCAGUUCUCCAGAGGAGUUUAUGCCGUCUUUGGAUUCUACGACAUGAAGUCCAUGAACACCCUAACCUCCUUCUGUGGGGCCCUCCAUACCUCCUUUGUUACACCCAGCUACCCUGCAGAUGGCGACGUGCAGUUUGUCAUUCAGAUGCGACCAGAACUGCGGGACAGCAUCCUGAGCGUCCUGUCUCAUUACAAGUGGGAGAAGUUUGUCUAUCUCUAUGAUACAGAGAGAGGAUUCUCAAUACUGCAAGCCGUCAUGGAGUCAGCAGUAGCUAAUAACUGGCAGGUGACUGUUCGGUCAGUGGGAAGCAUCACAGAUACUCGGGAUUACAGGCACAUCAUUGAGGAGAUGGACAGGAGGCAGGAGAAACGAUUCCUGAUAGAUUGUGAAGUGGAGAGGAUAAAUGGCUUUCUGGAACAGGUUGUAACACUUGGGAAGAAUAGCCGAGGCUACCACUACAUCCUGGUCAAUCUGGGCUUCUCGAAUGUGAGUCUAGACAAGGUUAUCCUCGGUGGAGCGAACAUCACUGGUUUUCAGAUUAUCAACCCUGAAAACCCCGUUGUGCAGCAGUUUCUCCAACGCUGGGACCGGUUGGAUGAGAGAGAAUUCCCAGAAGUAAGAAACACUCCACUGAAGUAUACUUCUGCACUGACCCACGAUGCAGUCUUGGUUAUUGCGGAGGCCUUCCGGUACCUGCGAAGGCAGAGGGUGGACGUGUCUCGGAGGGGCAGGGCUGGGGACUGCUUAGCCAACCCCGCUGUACCAUGGAGUCAAGGCAUUGACAUUGAGAGAGCGCUCAAAAUGGUGCAAGUACAAGGUAUGACUGGAAAUAUCCAAUUUGACACCUUUGGUCGAAGAUCUAACUACACCAUUGAUGUGUAUGAAAUGAAACCAGGUGGGGCACGAAAAAUCGGGUACUGGAACGAAUAUGAAAGAUUUGUGUAUAUUAUGGAUCAGCAGGUCACCAACGAGUCGUCUUCUGCGGACAACCGAACAAUUGUGGUCACUACUAUUAUGGAAGCACCAUAUGUGAUGUACAAGAAAAACUACAUGCAUCUGGAGGGGAAUGAGAAAUAUGAAGGCUACUGUGUUGAUUUAGCUUCUGAAAUCUCAAAACAUGUGGGGAUAAAAUACAAACUCUCCAUUGUAUCGGAUGGAAAAUAUGGUGCCAGGGAUCCUGAGACCAAGACAUGGAACGGGAUGGUGGGUGAACUUGUGUAUGGGCGAGCUGACAUAGCGGUUGCCCCUCUAACUAUAACACUGGUGCGAGAAGAAGUCAUUGACUUUUCUAAACCAUUUAUGAGUUUGGGAAUCUCCAUUAUGAUUAAGAAACCUCAAAAGUCCAAACCCGGAGUGUUUUCCUUCCUGGACCCCUUGGCCUAUGAGAUUUGGAUGUGUAUAGUGUUUGCCUAUAUCGGAGUCAGUGUGGUCCUCUUCCUGGUCAGUCGCUUUAGCCCCUAUGAAUGGCAUCUGGAGGACAUGGAUGAAGCCAAAGACCCCCAGACCCCUCCGGAUCCACCCAAUGACUUUGGUAUUUUUAAUAGUCUCUGGUUUUCCCUGGGGGCCUUUAUGCAGCAAGGAUGCGAUAUUUCGCCAAGGUCCUUGUCGGGAAGAAUAGUGGGAGGCGUCUGGUGGUUCUUCACGCUCAUCAUUAUCUCGUCCUACACAGCCAACCUGGCUGCCUUCCUCACAGUAGAAAGGAUGGUUUCUCCUAUUGAAAGUGCAGAAGAUCUCGCAAAACAAACUGAAAUCGCCUACGGGACCUUGGAUUCUGGCUCCACCAAAGAGUUCUUUAGACGUUCAAAAAUUGCAGUAUAUGAAAAAAUGUGGUCUUACAUGAAAUCUGCAGAACCCUCUGUGUUUGCCAAGACAACGCCGGAAGGGGUUGCUCGGGUACGCAAGUCGAAGGGCAAGUUCGCCUUUCUUCUUGAGUCCACCAUGAAUGAAUACAUUGAGCAGCGGAAGCCGUGUGAUACGAUGAAAGUGGGCGGAAAUCUGGACUCAAAGGGCUAUGGUGUGGCUACCCCCAAGGGCUCAGCAUUAGGAAAUGCAGUUAACCUGGCAGUCUUAAAACUGAAUGAGCAGGGUCUCCUGGACAAAUUGAAAAACAAAUGGUGGUACGACAAGGGAGAGUGCGGCAGCGGGGGAGGCGACUCCAAGGACAAGACAAGCGCACUCAGCCUGAGCAAUGUUGCCGGAGUCUUCUAUAUUCUCGUUGGCGGCCUGGGGCUGGCAAUGACAGUGGCUUUGAUAGAAUUCUGUUACAAGUCACGAGCAGAAGCCAAGAGAGUGAAACUUUGUAAUCAUUUACAAAACUUUAAACCAACCCCUCCUGCAAAUACCCAGAACUUCGCCACAUACCGAGAAGGCUACAACGUGUAUGGAACAGAGAGUGUUAAAAUCUAGGGGUACAUCUUACCAACAGUCAUUUUACUGGGUAUUUUCAUUUUUCUUGGCAUAAUUGAAAGGAGCCACAGCUUGUUGCUGUAGAAACAAGUCUUCUGCUGCCAACCUUGAGGCAAUGAACUUGGCUGCUGGUCUGGACCUUGUGGUGCUGGAAAGGACAUGUUUAGUGAACUGAAUUUGUUUCUUUUUGUGCCUUUUUGUCUGCAUUAUUGUGUUAUUGCUUUGCUGAGAAUACAUAAGAAAUUGAAAUGUUAAGAUCAUUGUGACAAACGGGAAAGAAAAAUUGCUGAAUGCAGUCAACCUGAAACUAUCCCACAACAAUUAUCAGUCCCAAACUCGAAUGGAUAUAGGCAAAUGUGUCCUACACUAAAAGAGUUGAUUAGCAAAUAACAGUAUAAUAAUAAUAAUAAUAAUACAUUUUAUUUUACAGCCAGUGUAAUUGGUGAAAUUUUACAGCCAGUGUAUUGGUGAAAUUUCACUACUGAAGUACCAACCAUUCAAUGUGCUACUCAUAUGUAUGAAUAGUAAUUAAUCUGAUAAAAGAAGAUAUUUUCAACUAUAGUUUAAUGACUUGAUUCAAACAAUGUCGUUAACUUUGUAGUUAUUUUUUCUUGUUACUAUUUGUUUUCAUAUGGCAGUGCUUGUUGCAGGAUGUGUCUGGAAUAUAUGGAGUGCAUUAAUUCAAUAAAUUAUAAAAACCACAUCUGACAUAAACUAGUGCCAAAGACACAUUUUGAGAUAGAUACAUUAUUUAUAAAAAGUUGGUCAGUCCGCAUUUAUGAUGUGGUGGCAUAUUGCUACCUGUAAAAUAAUGACUGUGCACAGGCUACAUGGCUCUUCAGUUGCCCCAAAGGUGACAGUAGCAGAUGUUUGUUUACUGUUAUAUCCUGGGUUUAUAUGCUUACACAAAUACAUUGCAGGUUAGUUCAUCGAAUAAUGAACUGUCACUAUGGAAAUGAAUAGAUAGUUCAAGGUUUUUGUAAUCCAUUCAGUAAGUAAUACGAAUGGUUUCAAUGGCCUGGUAUUUUCCAACAAUAGGUCACAAUACGCGACACCUGAAUUUUCAUGUGUGCUGUUUUACUUCCUUCAGCUCCGAUUAGCAAACUUAUUUAUUCUUGAAGAUAGGCAGCAUAAUUAUUCAUUUUACAAUUAAUAUUUUUUUUUUGCAAGUAAAGAAAUAUGCAUGUUUUGGUCAAUUGUUUGUGUGAAGUUUUCGCAAAUGUUUUCAGUUUUUUAAAACCACAUGUAACAUUGUUUAUUGCUAAAUCAACCCUGCUAAACUCAGCAUUUAUUUUAUCUGUUUUUGUGUCUUUUUCUGCUUUACUAAUUUAACUGUGCUUGCAAAUUGCAAAAAAGAGACAAGAACAAAAUAAUAGUAUCUGCAUGUGGGAAAAAUACCACACCUCUUUAGUGAGGUGACAUACAAAGUCUUUUAAUACCUUUUAUAAUAAAAGAGUACAGAAAUCGA